AUGUCCCCCGAUCCACCAGAUCCAUCACACGGCUUCAGAUUAAAAUUAUUAAUUAUUAGCGCAAUAAUAGUUAUAUGUCUAUCAGUAAUCGACACCUCAAAUGGGUCACCAGUAGAUUCACAAAUUAUUACAGAACCAGAACCGGGCCAAGAAUAUGUGUUCGUUCAAACAUCACAGUCUGGUGCGAGACCCAUUAAACGUAAAGAUAAGAAAACUGUAUCCGAAUCGAAAAUAGAAGAUAGCGAACGCUUUGAAACUGGUCACAAAAUACCAACAUUUUUAACGUUUCAAGAAAAAGAAAACGUUGAAAAAACAAAAGUGAAGCGUGCCGCAGUAGAUAUCCCGGGGGCAAUAAAAAUUGAUGCAUCCAAAUUAAUUGAAAAAUAUCGUGAUAUUUUAGAAUCAACAACCAAACAAACUACAGAUGUUGAUUCAACAACAACCAAUAUAGUUUUGACCACGGGUGGACCAGCAACCAAACGCUCACUUGAAAUUAUCCAUAGUAAAAACAAAAAGGGAGGAAUUCUUGAAGCUGGUAGCGUUGAUUCAGAUGCAAAAUUAACAGGAAGUGGUAGUGAUAAACAAACUUCUAGAAUUCAAAUUAAAAAAGGGCCUAAUGGUCAAGACUAUGAAUAUGAAUACGUUUAUUAUUAUUACGAUGAAGAUGAACCAUCACCUGGAAAAGAAUUAUCAAAAACUAAAGAAGAAAAAAUAACAAACGCACAUGAUGGACCUGCAAGAAACUCGAUAGCUCCAUCUACAUCACGUGGAAAUUCAAAUAAAAAUAGAUACCAAACUAUUGACAGAAGUAAUUCAAACUCACCCAACUUGAAUGCAGAACCAGCUAGUAAUGAAGUUGUACCAACAACAUCAAAAUCUCAAUCAAAAUCACGAGGCAGACAAGUCCCAUCUGAUGAAGAUGUUAUUUCUGAAGAACGCUUACCCCCAAAUACACGUUUUCCACCACGUUCACGUAAUUUAAGUACAACACCAUCCUCAACAAGUACUGCCACCGAAGUAUCAGAAGAACAUAAACCACCACAUAUUCGCUCUAGACAACGAGGAAGACCCGCAGUUGUACAAGAACAAACUGAGGAACCAGCUACCGUUCCAAGUCAACAAACAUCAAGGCAAAGAACACGACCAAACGUAAAGCGACCAUCAUUAGAACUAGUGGACAGUGCUAGUUUCAAAACUCAUGCUAGUGACGCAAGUGUUAGCCAAUAUAAAGAACUUUCUGCUUCUCGUGAUGAAUUAAAUCAAGCAAAAUUAUUAGGUGAAAGUGAUGCACAAACCGCAACAUCUCGUAGUUUUGAUACUGCUGAUGAUGUACCAAGAGCUCAAUCACUCGAUGACGAUGACAGAGAACGCUUCGAUUCCAAAGAAGAGAAAUUGUUUGACAGUUCAACAACAGAAAAUGCAAUAAUUUCAACUACAUUGACUGAUGAUGAAAUGACAGCAGCUAUGGAUAAGGUAGCCUUAGAUUUGUAUGCGAUUUUACAAGGAACACAAAAUAUGAUUCAAGAAGAUGACACCAGUAGUACUGAUAACUCAGAUAGUCCCACAACUGAAUUAGGUAAUUCUGCAACUGAAGAAGGUAGUUAUUCGACAACCGAACUAUUAACAGAAGAACCAACCACACCGUCAACGACAACAACCACAACCACUACAACACAAGCAACAACUACCACGACCACAACUGAACCAAGUACUCCUCCAUUACCAGGACGUGGUCGAUUCAGAGGCCGUACAACAGCUUCAAGUCGAUUUAGGCAAUCUACAUCUACUAGCACUACAGAAGCUUCAAAUGAUGUUACAUCUAAAGGGUCUAGAUUCAGUCCAGGAAGAACAAGUUUUGGAGGUAGAAAUCGUAUCAACGCUCGUACAACUUCUGAAAAACCAAUUGAAAGUGAAAUCACAAAAGAAUCAGCUUCAGCCAAUAACAAUGCACGACCAUCAAUCGGAGGUAACCGUUCCCGAUUUGGAUCUACAAGAGGUCGUGGAUCAACCACUACUACAACUGUUGCGCCAAAUUCAGAUUCAUCAAACUCAGUAUCUUCUCCAGUUCGUCCAUCUUUAACACGACCAAGGCCUAAUUUCAAUCUUAGAAGACGUGGUGGACCAUCGUCAACUACCGAAGCCUCUACAUCUACAGCGAAAUCUGGUGACGCUGAAGAAUCUAGCACUGAAGCACCUGAAUCAUCCUCAACAACUGUUCGAUCGGUACGUCCAAGAAUUAGUGGAUCAGCUAGACCAUUACGACCUGGACCAAGAAUAAAUAUUAAUUCACGUGGACGAAUUGGUGCAGUCACUACAACACCAUCAUCGACCACAGCAGCCAUUGUCUCUGAUGAUAACGAAAAAGUUGCAAGUGAAGAAGUUUCAAAUGUGGAAUCAGAAAGCAAUGAAAGCGGUGAAACUACUCCAACAUCCACAACCACAGAAAAUGCACUGCAAAGAUUACGAAAUCGAGCUAGAAUCAGUGUGAAUGCAAAUAAACCUAAAGCACCAGCACCAGCUCCAGUUGUCCGAAGAACCAAUCCAUUACUUAGUCGGCGAAAACCAAUUGGUGUACAAGCAGAAUCAACUACAGAAGGUCAUUCUAGCGAAGAAAGCAGUAGUGAAGAUAAAGUACAAAAUGAAGUAACAGAAAAUCCACUAAUUGAAGAAGCAAAUUCAGAACAACCAGUUGAGAUCUCAUCAGUGUCAAGUACCACAGAAGCACGAGGUUUGAAUGGAUUAUUAGCCGGAAGAAGGAGAUUAAAUCGCCGUCCAGGAACUAUUUUAUAAAUUAAAUAUUAAAUAACUAAUUAACAAAAAACAAACAAAUUAAUUAAAAAAAUUUUUCUACUUUCUCUCUCAUAUAAAUAUUUUGACCAUUAUAUAGAUAAAGAGAAACGUUUUGUGAUUUCACAUCCAUUAUAAUUUCCUAAAUAUGUACUUUAAAUAUAUAAUUGUAUUAA